UCUCGCCAGUGGCUGGUCUGGCUGCUUCAGCCGGCCUGCCGGCCGCCAAUUGCCGCCUCGUGUUGCGUGCCAGCCUGCACGGACAUCGCGAGGCUGUCACUUGUCUGGCGGCUUCCGACGCAUUCAGCCUGUUGGUGACCGGCAGCAGCGACCGGCGCUGCCUGCUCUGGGACCUGGGCCGACUGUGUCUGUUGCGCCAGUUGGGGGGUCAUGAGGCUCCGGUAGCUGCGGUCUGCAUCAACGAGGCGACCGGCGAGCUGGUCAGCUGUGCUGGUGCACGCAUCUCUCUCUGGACGGUGAAUGGUGACCCGGUCGCCAGUGUCGAGGCCCCACUGGAGCCCAACCGGCAGAUACUCUGCGUCACCAUGAGCUCGGUGGGCAUUCCUUGGUGGUUUUUAUGUCUCGCUCUAUCGCGCCACUAG